AUGCGACCAUGGGAUACAACGGAUCCAAACGGCAAGAUCGACGCACUGGAUGUCCUCCCGCCACAAGUCCGCCUGCCGAUGCUCGAGGAUUGCCUUGAUGCCGGUCUCAAAUAUUCUUCCGAGCUUGCUGCACUUAUUGAGCUCUCAGUUCAAGAGAAUAUUGAUGACGUGGACGAUGAUGCGGAGGCGGACGCAUUCGGGAAAAAGAACCUUGAUCAGUGGAUCAAAGAAGCAAAUGAAGAUGAAAUCAACGAGGAACACAAGUAUUUAGAGAUCCUUGUCGGCAUACAGGGAAAGACCGGAGCGGGGAAGACGUCUUUACUCAAUGCCCUUCUCGGAUACAAGGACAUGCUGCCCUCCAACGACGCACUUGUUGCCACCGCUGCGAUCUGCCAGGUUGCUUAUAACUAUUGCGAUGAUUCUAAAAAGGCGUUUCGUGCAGAAGUCACGUUCCGGAAACACAUGGAGGUUAAACAUGAGCUAAACAGGUUUUUCGAAGACAUCAAGCUGCGGAACCAACUGUUGAACGGAAGAGGCAAGUUUGAAGACGAUGACGACGAUAAGGAAGGUCUUAACAGCAGUGACCUCGGUGAGGUCAUCGAAAGAAUCAAUGCAACUGCCGAGAAAAUUGGUCCUGUCUGGGGAUACAACUUGACUGAGUUAGAGGGCAUGUCGACGCAGGAUCUGCUGACAAAAGAUGAUCCGGCAGUGAAGCUCCUGAGUACAACGAAAAAGAUCCACUCAUCCGACCUUGCAACUUUUGCGCCAGCGAUCAAGCCAUACUUGGACGCCACUACCACCAACAUAUCAGGAAGAGCUAGCAGGGAGACGAGGGAUAUGGCCGUCUGGCCGCUGAUUGAUCACGUCAAAGUUUACGUCAAAUCGGACAUUCUUCGGGGCGGAAUUGUACUUGUUGACCUGCCGGGUCUCGGAGAAAUUGUCGAGAGUCGAGCGGCCGUGGCAAAGAAUUUCUACAACAAGCUUACUGUGACCAUCGUUGUCACACCCUCCGUCCGAGCGGCCGGCGAGAAAACAGCUGUCAAUCUAAUGACGGAAAACCAGGAGAUAACCAUGCGGAUGAGUGGCAAGCUUGAUGAUUGCGGGUAUUGCAUCGUGUUGUCCAAAGCCGAUGAUGGCAUUGAUUGGGAGACGACAGCACGAAACCAGGGCAGGCAGGAUGACAUCAAAAUAAUGGGCGACUUGUUCAGGAAAAUCGCGGAUGAAACUGCCGCCGUGAGGAAACUAAAGCCGGAGUUGCGGAGACUGGUAGGCUCCUUGAGCAAGAACAACAAAAUCAGCAAAGAGAAGAAGAGAAUCUUAGUCGCUGAGUUGAGGGACAAGAGGGAGAAGAAGCGAAAGCAUCUAAAGGCCCUGAAUGACUUUCAAUGGCAAAAGAAAGAGUCUCAUUGGGGAAAGAUCUUCACGGCAGUCCAAUUUGCAGCUCCAUUCUAG